AUGGUAUCAAAUAAUACAACAAUGGUCAUCAAUGUUUUACUAGAAUCAAAAUCAAUCAUCGAUAUUCUUAAUUUUAUAACACAGGAAGUUAUGAUAUAUGUUCCACUCGUAUUGGUCAUUUUAGGUUUCAUUGGAUUUAUUGGGAAUGUCUUUACAUUUCUUCAAUCUGAAUUUCGUACUAAUACUUGUUGCAUCUAUUUACUUGUUGGUUCAAUUGUUGAUAUUAUCAAUCUUAUAGUUAAUCUAUUCCCAUAUUUUCUUGCUGCAAAAUAUGGAUUAUAUUUUCCAUGGUAUAUAUCAUCAAGUAUGUGCAAACUUAAUGCAUUUCUUACUAUGUUUAUACCUCAUUUAUCUAUUAAUUUUGCACUUAUGGCUAUGAUCGAUCGAUUUGCUUGCACAUGUAGUCUUACAUCAUCAGUUAGACGAUUAAAUCAAUUGAAAAUGAUACCAUGGAUGAUUUGUGUUCUUCUAAUAUUUAGUGGUCUUGCAUCAAUCUAUGCACCUGUCCUAUAUGAUAAGGCAUUUGGAGUACCAUGGUGUAUGUUCACUUAUGUGAUGACAGCUAGUAUUUUUUACAUUGUAUUUAUGGGUUUCAUGCAACCAUGUCUUAUAUUAAUAUUUGUUUUAUUAACCUAUCGAAAUGUUCGUCGAAGUCGUCGACAAGUAGGUAUAACAAAUUUAGCUAGAAGAAAUCGUUCUCGAAAUCAAUUCAUUGUUAUGAUAUUUACUCAUGUUUUAACAACUGCAUUUUUUUCAUUACAAUGGAUUGUUAUGUUUACAUAUGUUUCAAUUACUAGUUUUAAUGUCAGCAGUUAUGACCAAUUUUUUUUUGAUCUUCAAAUCUUCGAAACACCAACAAAUACCUCUUUUAGUGAAAAAUAUUAA